CUCUUGUGCAUUUUAUGUCAAUAGUUUACAAUAUCACGAAACAAGAGAAUUUUUCGUUGCAACAAUUUUGUUAAAAUCUAUACGAUAUUUAUAAUAUUUUUGCAUAAAAUUGAGAAAAAAAUUAAGAAAAACUUAUGGAAAAUGUCUGUGUAUAAAAUGCAUUACGUAAUAAUGCAAUUAAAAGUGUUUUAAAAUCAAAAGAAAAAAGAAGAAAAAAUCUUUGCCCAAAACAGAAUUGUAGUGUGUAGUAGUGAGCGAUUUGGGUUCGUUGGUUGGUUGUAUUUUAUUUUUUAUGGUGUAUUUUGUUGAGUGAGUAGUGAGUGUAAAGCAAGAAGCAGCAGUGCUGGGCUGACUGGCUGGCCAAACCACCUCAAGAAAAAUAUUCAAGAUUGAAAAUAAAAAAAAGUGAAAAACCAGCAGAAGAAGCUGACAAUUUUCAAAUAUUAAUAGUGGUCAGCCAAGAAAAAUACAAGCUUAGCUUGUUGGCCAAAAUUGUACCAUAAUAGGGAGACGACAAAAAGUCUCUUCAAGCAACAAAUAUUACAAGAAAAAAAAACGAAAAUAAAUAAGACAGUGAAAAACAACUACUUGGUCGUGCGUGAUCGUCAUCGUUUCGAACGACAAAAAGAAAAAAACAAAAAAGUAAAGAAAGAAAAAAAUCUAUGAAGAAGAAAUACAAUUGUGUUUAAAAGUGGUGUGUAACAAGGAAAAACUACGUGUAGUUUAGUAGAUUUUAAGAAAAUAUAAGAAAAAUUUAAAACUUUGACGUUGGCUGUGUCGUUUUUACGGCUUGAUUAAGGAAGAAAUAAUACAUUUUAAUAAUAAUAGUAAAAGGCAGGCUUCCUCCUUCUUUUUUGUUCUUCUACUGAACUUCGCCCUCAAAACCUCAAGUGUUUUGGGUGAGGGAGGCGAAGUGCACUUCAUACACGAGCAGUUGAAUAAACGAGGGCGCUGCUGCACCUCUUUCCCUUUUCAAUACGAUUUAAAAAUAAAAGUAGCGCCCCAUAUAACUGCUGCAGCGGACAUUGGUGUGUGUGAAUUGAGAGGCGCAUUUUUAUAAAUAAAUAACGAAUAUCAGUAACAACAUUUGAAAGCAAUAUGGCAACUAGCGAUGAUGAGCCUAUGCAUUUGUAUGAAGUAUUUCAAAAUUGUUUCAAUAAAAUAGCCAAUAAACAACCAACAGGAGGUGGUGCUAAUGCUGGAGGUCCUGCAGAUCGCAAUGGUGGCUAUCAGUCCCCUUAUGGUGGACUCGGUGGCAUGGAAAAUGGCAUGUACGGUGGUGAUGAUUUUAAUCCAAUGCAUGAUGGAGCGUCGGCUGGUGGGGUACGUUUUUCAGGCGGUGCUCCUGUCGAUCAAUAUUUUGAUACGGGCAUUGGCAAUGGAGGUGGUCCCAGUAGUAGUGGCGGUUGGUAUGGCUCACCAGUGCCGGGAGGCGGAGGUUAUGGUGGGCAGGCGGCUUAUCAAAAUAAUGCUCCUAUGAGUUCUCAUCAUUUAGGAGGACCACCACAGCAUCAUGAUCCAGACGGUCAUCAUAUGGGUCCAAAUCCGAGUAUGGGCUUGCAAAUGGAUCCAGGUCAUGUCAAUAUGCACAGUCCAGCAACAACUUCACUCCCUCCAAUGAGUUCAUUUCGUGGCAAUCCCACAAACAGCAUUCAACAGAUUGGCGGAAAUCCAGCUGCUCAUUCUCCCGCUCUAUACAACUCACCACAACCGCAUAAUGCAACACAUGGUCCAAUGACCAAUUCAGGACCUGGUCAUCCCGGUCAUCAUCCAUUGGCCAGCCACCAUGCGUCUCAGCAUAGUCCUGCUAUACAAAAUGAGGCAUUCGGCGUAGGCGGCGUGGGUGUUCCUGGUGGGGUGGGUGUUAAUAUAGGUCCGAAAGCAACAAACAAUUCAGCUGCUGUUGGAGUUCCUGGACCAAGUGGACCAAACAGUGCUUUGCGUCAGCAUAUGUACAUGGCAUCAUCUACCGCCGACCAGUCCAUCAGCAGUUUUAGUUCAAAUCCCUCGACUCCUGUGAAUUCUCCACCCCCACUCACGCAAAGCGGUCUUGUGGGACCUUCUAUGUUGGUAGACAAAGGCGGUCCCGGUCCAUCUGGUUCUGGUUGGGGUCAUACGGUUCUAAACGGUGCUGGACCUAGUAGCAGCAGUAGUUCUGUAGCAGGCGGUGCUAGCGGUAGUUAUGCACCCGAAAUGGUGCCAUCCGGUCUUCAUUCAAUGGCGGCGGUGUUUCAAGGUGCUCGCAUGGAAGAGCGUCUCGACGAUGCACUCAAUGUGCUGCGCAAUCAUUGUGAACCCGAGCUGCUGGGCGGCGUAGGUGCAGCACUCUCUGCCAUGGACAACAUCGAUGGACUGUCCUCAUUCGUGCCAACCUCCCCGUCAGGACACGGUAUGGUGGCGAGUGGUGCCGGCCCAUCAGUGCUAAACACAACACACGACGUAAUGUCGGCGGGUCCGUCGUCCGUGCAAGGUGUGGGAGGCGUGGUGGGUGGCCUUGCGCCGCAAAUAAAAAUGGAACGAACUUCAACGGCGGUAUCUGGUACAACAUCGACUACAACAACUGGUCCCACGAAGGGAAAGAAACGAAAAGAUCCCAACGCAAAUGCAGCAGCGACUGCAAUCAGUAGCGCUGUUGGCAUUGGUGUAGGUAGCGCCGGUAACGGUCCUUCAACAUCCUCAUUAAACAGCAUGAUCGAUGCCACCGACACAAAACCCAGUAGUUCAAUGGAAAGUUCACAACUUGGACAAGGUCCGCCAUCUGGAAAGGGGGCGAAGCGACCACGUCGUUAUUGUUCUUCAGCGGAUGAUGACGAUGAUGCCGAACCCGCUGUUAAGGCAAUUCGUGAAAAAGAAAGACGUCAGGCCAAUAAUGCACGUGAACGCAUACGUAUUCGCGAUAUAAAUGAAGCUCUAAAAGAACUGGGACGGAUGUGCAUGACACACCUAAAAUCGGAUAAACCACAAACAAAAUUGGGAAUACUGAACAUGGCAGUAGAAGUGAUAAUGACGUUAGAGCAGCAGGUGAGAGAACGAAAUUUAAAUCCAAAGGCAGCUUGCCUUAAGAGGAGAGAAGAAGAAAAGGCGGAGGAUGGACCCAAACUUGCAGCACAACAUCACAUGCUGCCGCAACCUCCGCCGGGAAUGUAUGGCCAACCUCCACAUCUACCACCGACAGCUCAAAGUGGCGCGCCACCUGGAGGACAACCACCACUGCAAGCCCAACAACAAGGUGUACAACUGCCGCCACACCUACAGCCCCAAAAUCAGGCACCACAUGCACAAUAGCAGGCGCCAAGCAGCCACAAUGAUCCGCCCACUUCCCAUCUGCCAACAGAUAUCACCGCCGUCGCUCAUCUGGCCAGCCAGCAGCACCUGCAACAACCACCACAACUUCAGAGCUCCGGAUCUGAUUUGGAACAGCAACUGUUAAAUAAUCUGAGCCUGUUUCGGCGUCGUCAUCCUAGUGCGCAGUCUGGAUCCAUGUCGACUACGCUGCCCCAACAGCUCCCUCCUCAUCCACAUCAUAUACAUCAUCAGCACCAGUUGUAGGCAUACAAACCAAGUGUUUUCCUCCUUCCUAUUUCUCCUCCAGUAUAGUUGAAUAUUGUUGCUGCUGUCGUCCCGUUGGAUGUCUUCUUUUACUUGUAUCUUAUCCGAUAAUGAUGAUGAAGAUGAAUGAAUGGUGUCUGUUUGUUGUCAUACAACAGUAAAUUGUAAAUAUUAAAUAUCAAGUGAUUUGGAGUAAGAUUUUAAUUGUAAUUUUUUAUUAUUUUUUUUGUAUUAGUUUUUAUUUUGUUUUUUUUUUUAUUUUUUUUUUUUAUUUUUUUUUUUUGUCCUGCUCUCAUUUUGAUAACACAAACAAUUUUCAAUUUUUAUUUUAUUUUCUACUUAUUUUACCAAUAGACAAGGUUCAUCCACCAUAUAGGUGUUUAUUUUUUUAUAUUUUGGUUUUUUUAUUCCAUUUUUUUAAACAAUAUUUUAGUUUCAUUUUAUUAUUUUUAAUUGUAUUAUAAAUGUAGGAUUUUUUCAUAAACAUUUUAGAAAUACAUACUCGUAUGUUAAAAGUUUUAGUUUUUUAUAGUUUCAUAUUAUUGUAUGCUCUCUUUUGUAAUCUGAUUUGCUAAUUUUUAUUUUUAGUAGUUGUAAUUUGUAAAUGCUGAUCAUACAACAGCCAUAUAUUCUUUUCUUUAUCUUUUUUCAAUAUUUCUUAAAUUAUUCAAUUAUUUACUUAAAAAUUUCUUAAAGAAACAAAAUUUAUAUUUGUAUGUAUGUGUAUAGGUAAUUUCUCUGUUAAGAUUAGGUAAACUUAUUUCUCAGUUUGAAAUUUGUUAUUUUAGGACCUUUUAUAUUAUUUUAUGUUUUUUCUUUUUAUCCUUACAAACAAUAACAAACAUAUCUGUGCAUAUUUUAUUUUAUAGCUUGGUUUUCAUAUUGUUUUUACAAUAAUAUUUACCUGUGUAUUACCACCAUCAUUAUUUAGUCUUAUUUGUUUUUGUAAUUUUUUUUUCCAUUUCAAUUUUCAUGGAUUUCAUUUUAAAAUAUAUACAGUAUACUUUUAGGCUCAAUAUAAAAUAGUUUAAUACAAAGAGAGAGAGACAGUAAAGUAACAUUUCAUUUGG